AUGAGAAGGCAUCUUAUAAAAUUAGUUACGGUUAAUUAUAUUUGCAGAAUAUAGAAGUAAUUAAAACUGUAACGAUUCCAAAUGUUUUAUUAAAUUUCGAUGAUCGAGAAAGCGUAUUAAAAAGAUGUCAAUUUUUUUGCGGUGAUUGGGGAUCAUUUACAAAAUUGCUUAUUGCUAGUAAAAGCUAUUACUUUGGUGUCGGUGGAGGAAUAAAACAAUUUCAGAAUCUAAUAGAAGAAGAUGGUAUUUUUGAUGUUGAGACAGUGUGGAAAAAUAGAGAGGGUAAGUAAAUAUUUUCCAAUUCUUUUAAACAGACAACAAUUGUGUAUAUAAUAUAUAUAUAUUUCCAGGAUUACAGAGAGAAAUUUUAAAAAUUACAAGGAAACAGCAACCCUAA